AAAUCAAUCCAUUUCUAGAAAACCCCAAGUAAAAUUCAAAACCUACUGUGUACCUCAUCCUCGUCGGCCGGCGAUCCAUCCAUUGAUCUCGCCGCUGUUCACUACCCUCCUGAUUUACAAUCAUGAUUUACCUCUUCUUUUCGCUUUUAUUCGUUGAAAUGGUGACGAUUCUCUUACUUUUGUUCAAAACCCCACUUCGAAAGCUUUUGAUUAUUGGGAUAGAUCGUAUGAAACGAGGAAGAGCUCCGUUGGUUGUAAAAUCCGUCGGCGCCACCGUCUUCGUCAUCAUGAUGUACAACGUUUACAGUGUAACAGAAAUCCAGAGCCGUCCCCCUGACGCCCUUAAUCCCACCGAUCAAAUCAUACUCGCUUACCAUAUGCUCGAAGCUUCUCUCAUGGGAUUCUCGCUUUUCCUGUCACUGAUGGUAGAUAGGCUACAUCAUUACAUAAGAGAACUUCGCAUACUUAGAAAGACCGUGGAGGCUGCAAAGAAACAAAACCGAGCUGCUGAAGAUGUCAAGAACAAGGGUGCAGAUGAGGUCAAAAUCCUAAACGAAGAAACAUCGAGGCUGCAGUCAGAGAUCAAAAGGCUGCAAUCAGAAUAUGAAACAAAGGUAAAAGAGGUGAAAUCUGCAGAAGCCAAUUCGAUUGCUCUUAAAAAUCAAUCAGAAGGCUUUCUUCUUGAAUAUGACCGCUUGCUAGCCGAAAACCAGAAUCUUAGAGACCAACUGCGCUCCAUUGAUGAAUGCUUGUCUCAUUCCAAUGGAAAGAAGGAUACAUGAUAAGGUAAGAAUUCUCAUUGUAAACGCAGUUUUUAGCAUGUUACUUUAUAGUUAUUGGUGAUUUUAAUAUUUUGGCAUGGGAGUUUGGCUAAGUUUUCUGCUAUAAUCUGUGUCCUACCUGUUUUAACAAAUUUAUAGUUGC